CGACGGAAGGCACCGGCCCGUGGAGCAGCCAAGGCACCGGGACAAGCGGGGGGCCUGGGGCUGCUGGGGGGGCUGCGGGGGGGCCGCCUGCGCCCCACCAUCUGCAGCGAGUGCGGGAAGGGCUUCAGCCGCAGCUCGGACCUGGCGCGGCACCAGAUCACCCACACGGGCGAGAAGCCCUUCAGGUGCGGCGCCUGCGGCAAAGGCUUCAGCCAGAACUCCAACCUGGUGACGCACCGGCGCAUCCACACCGGCGAGAAGCCCUACGGCUGCGGCGCCUGCGGGAAGCGCUUCAGCGAGAGCUCGGCGCUCAUCCAGCACCAGCGGACCCACACCGGGGAGCGGCCCUACGGCUGCGGGGAGUGCGGGAAGCGCUUCAGCGUCAGCUCCAACCUCAUCCGGCACCGGCGCACCCACACCGGCGAGCGGCCCCACGUCUGCGCCGACUGCGGGGAUGGCUUCCGGCACAAGGCCCAGCUCCGCCGGCACCAGAAGCUUCACGCCGUGUGAUGGGGACAUUGGGAUGGGGAUGAAGGGAUGGGGACAUCGGGAUGGGGAUGCUGG